GUGUGGCGCGGGAAUUUGAUUCCCCCAGCGGCAGACGAAGGAAGCAUGGCUGCGGUGCCUCCGGACACUUGGCAGCCGCCGACUGUUUCAAUGGAAACCACCAUGGGACUCAUGGUUUUGGAGCUAUACUGGAAGCAUGCACCCAAAACUUGCAAAAAUUUUGCUGAGCUCUCCAGACGAGGCUAUUACAAUGGCACCAAGUUUCAUAGGAUAAUCAAAGAUUUCAUGAUACAGGGAGGUGAUCCAACAGGAACUGGAAGAGGAGGAGCAUCUAUCUAUGGCAAGCAGUUUGAAGAUGAACUCCACCCAGAACUGAAGUUUACAGGUGCCGGAAUCCUUGCUAUGGCAAAUGCAGGUCCUGAUACAAAUGGAAGCCAGUUCUUUAUUACACUAGCACCAACUCAGUGGCUUGAUGGCAAGCACACUAUCUUUGGUCGUGUUUGCCAGGGAAUUGGGAUAGUCAACAGAGUGGGUAUGGUGGAAACAAACGCGCAAGAUCGUCCAGUGGAUGAUGUAAAGCUUUUGAAAGUUUUUCCAUCUGGAUAGACUGAAAUCACAAAAUUGGUACAUGUAGACUCUUCAAAAAAGAAAACAAACCAAAACUGCUCUGUGCCAAGACAUACCUGCCAGCUACUUGCAAAGUAAUCUCUACUAAAAUUACCUUUAGGAUUCACCUUUUUAUUAAAGCUAAAUAAUCAAGAGGUUCCUGAACUAUUUGUAAUGGGUAAAUGCCAUCAAGGUAUGAUAAAUGUUGUUGACAGCAUAAUUUUUGUCUUCAUUUAUGCUUCAUUUGGAAUGUAGCAAAUCACAUGAAUAAAUAAACAUAAAAUUUUAAAUGCAGUAAACAGGCAACAUAUAGUAUUUUACAAGUCAUCAUAAAUACCUGUUAACCUAGUGCAGGGUUCACAUGCCUCUGGAAGUAAGAUUAGAAUGUUCGAAGUAGAAAUAGGGAGUUGAUUUGUUACCAUUUGUUUAUUAGGACCAAAUCAUUUAAUAUGGUGGUAAUUUAACUCUUGGUCUCAUUUUAUAUCCCUCAAAGUCAAGGACAUGAAAACUUGAGACAUUUUUGAAUAAAGUGUGUUUUACUAACUACAUUUCCUUCUUGUUUUUACAUGAUUAAUAGUUCAGUGCUGCAAAUAAAAUACAUAUUUGUACA